CAGAAGUCUGCUUUCUUAAGAACGAAAGGAUUGUGCAGUAUCUGUACUCAGCAUGGGUCGAGCAUUCAUAUGGGCAGGUUUUACCAUCUUGCUGUUUUUUCACUUCAGCUCUGCUUUCAAACUGGUAUGCUAUUACACCAACUGGUCUCAGUACAGGCAGGACGCAGGGCGGUUCCUCCCUACGGACAUUGAUGCCAACCUGUGCACUCAUCUCAUUUAUGCAUUUGCGGGAAUGGAGGACAACAAAAUCAAAACCCUGGAAUGGAAUGACGAGGAGAUGUACCAGCACUUCAAUAAUCUCAAGAAAAAGAAUCCAGGACUGAAGACCCUUUUAGCCAUUGGUGGAUGGAACUUUGGUAGUGCAAAGUUCUCUGCCAUGGUGGCCACUCCUGCCAAUCGACAGAUAUUUAUUUCUUCUGUCAUUGCAUUUCUGCACAAGUAUGGGUUCAAUGGCCUAGAUCUUGACUGGGAGUAUCCUGGAUCCAGAGGCAGCCCCGCAGAGGAUAAAGGGCGCUUCACUUCCCUGAUUCAGGAAAUGAUGAACGCAUUCCAGGCAGAAGCCAAAAGGACAGGAAAAGAAAGGCUCUUGCUGACAGCUGCUGUGGCUGCUGGAAAACAAACUGUGGACAAUGGCUAUGAAGUUGACAAGAUCUCACAGUUUCUGGACUUUAUAAAUCUCAUGACAUAUGACUUCCAUGGAUCUUGGGAACAAGUUACCGGACAUGUCAGUCCUCUGUACCCUGAUACGGACGAUGCAGUGGAGUACUGGAAAAGCAAGGGAGCACCUGCAGAAAAGAUCAUCAUGGGAAUCCCUGCCUAUGGGCGAACCUUCACUCUUUCUUCUUCACAAACUGGGGUUAAAGCACCAGCCUCAGGGCCUGGGACACCCGGAACAUACACCAAGGAGGCAGGAUUCUUGGCUUUUUACGAGAUCUGUUCCUUUAAAAAGGGUGCCACCACAAAAGUGAUUCCAGAGCAGAAGGUUCCAUAUUCCUUCAAGGGAAACCAGUGGGUAGGAUAUGAUGAUGUGGACAGCAUUAAAAAUAAGGUCAAAUAUUUGAAGGAAAAGAAACUGGGAGGUGGAAUGCUGUGGGCCAUGGAUCUUGAUGAUUUCAAAGGCGCUUUCUGUGCCGCAGGCGCAUACCCACUGCUUCAGACUCUGAAGAGAGAAUUGGGCCCCACAAGUUAGCCACAUGUCAUUAUGUUACUUCCCUUAAAAUCAUUGCUCAUGCGCAAGGCCUGUGGGAAAACACAU